AUGGGACUCUACAAGAAGCAUUUCGGACUAUCAGGUAAUGCCCUGUUGGCUUGCCUCACCUUGGUGAAUGGUUUAACUAUGGGCUGGUUUGGUUACGACCAAGGUGUCUUUUCAGGCGUUCUUAUCUCGUCUGACUUUAAAUAUCAUUUUCCAGAGACGCUCGACGCUAACAUUUCUGGUAUUACUUCAAGUUGUUUUUCUCUUGGUGCCUUCAUUGGGUGUCUGGUAGCUUUCGCUUUUGGAGAUAAACUAGGAAGACGAAGAACUAUUAUGGUUGGAAGUGCUUGCAACACCAUCGGUGCUGUACUGCAAAUCGCUGCUUUUCACUUGCCCAUGAUGAUUAUUGGACGUAUAAUAAACGGGUUUGGUAUGGGUAUGACAUCAUCCACAUGUCCUGUCUACCAGGCCGAAUGUACCAAGGCCAAGUACCGUGGACGUUUGGUGGUCGUGGGAUCUCUUUCCAAUACUUUUGCCUACAUGUUGGCAAACUGGAUGAACUAUGGCCUCUAUUUUUCUUCAGGUCCUUUGCAGUGGCGAUUUCCCCUAGCCUUCCAACUUUUGUUCCCAAUUAUUUCAGUUCCAAUUCUGUGCUUCUUGCCUGAAUCACCUCGUUGGUUGUUGAAUAAAGGACGCACUCAGGAGGGGCUUUCCACUAUCGCCUUGCUGUGGGGAAAGAAUCUGGAAGUUACUAAUGAAACAGUUCAGGACGAGUACCUGUCCAUUUUGGAUGCUAUUGAGCAAGAAAGACUUGACAGAGUUCCAUUCAAAGACGUUAUCAGAUUCAGAGACAAGACUCAGAACAUGCGUCGUAUUCUCUUGGGAAUGGGUACUCAAUUCAUGCAACAGUUCACUGGUGUCAAUGCCCUCGGUUACUACUUACCAACUAUCUUGACUGAGCAGCUUGGUUUCACCGAAGCUAUGGCCAAGUUAUUAUCCGCCUGCAACGCUACUUCUUAUCUGGGAUCUGCCUUCGUGUGUUUGAUCAUUAUCGACUUGGUUGGUAGAAGGAGAAUGAUGAUCUACGGAUCCGUUGGAUGUUGUAUCACUUAUAUCGUUGCUGCUGCUUCUGUCAAGGUUGCCGAGACUAGACUGGCUUAUGAGAUGGGUGCAUUGACGGUUUCGAUGUUUUUCCUGUAUUAUGUCAUUUAUGGAACAUCUUAUGCCAAAGUGCCUUGGGUGUACUCUUCUGAAAUUAACUCUAUUGGAUGGAGAACCAGAGGUGCAGCAGCUGCUACCGCCACAAACUGGAUUUGUGGUUUCUGUAUCACUCAAUACACUAAGAAAGCUGUCAACAACCUGGGUUGGGGAUUUUACUUGCUGUUUGCAUUUAUUGUCCUGUGCUACGUGCCAGUAGUGUUCUGUCUCUAUCCAGAGACAUCCAGGCGUUCUUUGGAGGAUUUGGAUUACAUGUUUAUCCAGUAUCCAUCGCCAGUUGUGUUCAGACACAAGGCUCUGACUCAAAGAGAGAGACCAGAAGAGUUUGUCUUGGCCGAAAAGGAGAGAAUUCUGAGAGGAGAAAAUUUGACUACGAAGUUAGACAACGACUCCGAUCGCAAGUCUGCGACCAUUACUCACGUAGAGAGAGUUUAA